AUGCAUCAAUCUAACGAACCAGAUAAUUCCUUGGCACCACCACCACGAGAAACACCAUCACCACCGGAUAUACCACCAUUCUCAUCAAGAUCAAUGGCUGACGUCGGUACCGAUUCCGGAAAUCUCUUCCGUCUCAAAGAUGUCCUCACUUAUUUCGCCGCUGUCAAGGGGGACCUGUCAAACGUCACAGCUCCUCCCUUCAUCCUCGCUCCUAAAUCAGCCAUUGAGAUUCCAGCUGCUUGGGCUUGUCACCAUGAUCUCUUUCUUCAACCUGCUGAUGAACCUGACGCUGGAGUGAGGGCUCUGUUACUGGCGAAGAAUUACAUCUGCAGUCUCAAGCAGCUUGUGAAUGCGGAUUCUCCGGAUGCCGCCAAGAAACCAUUAAACCCGUUCCUUGGUGAAUUAUUCCUCGGCUCAUAUUCCGACAAGUCUGGGUCGAAAUCGGAAUUGGUCAUUGAGCAGGUAUCACACCACCCGCCUGUAACAGCAUGUUCUGUAUAUAACAAGGAGCGUGGUAUGUCAUCGAUUGGCUUCGCGGGCCAGGAAACAUCCUUCAGCCUCGUCAGUGGCGUCACCGUGCGUCCGACAGGUUGUGCAAUUAUCCAAGACCACAAGCAUAAUGAGCAAAGUCUCAUGACGAUGCCAACAAUAUUGGUCAAGGGCGUGACGACGGGUAAUCCAUAUCCAGAGAUGGAAGGCCCAGCAUACAUCGCCAGCUCGAGCGGUUACUUGACGAAAAUCGGAUUCCACGGCAAGGGGAGACUUGGGUACGGUCAGAAGAACCAGGUCGUCGCUGAAGUAUUUGCUCCGAAUGACAAGGAUCACCCGCUGUAUCGCAUCACGGGCCAAUGGACUGGAGAGAUCAAAGUUGAGGACUCUUCAAAAACGACGCUAGAGGAAUUUCACGUCGACAAGAUCCCAAUCUCACCUCUCAGAGUCGCGCCCGUAGAAGAGCAAACACCCUGGGAGUCUCGUCGGGCUUGGUUUAAGGUUACGCAAGCUAUCAAGCAACACAACAUCGAAAAGGUGUAUGCUCACAAGAGCACGUUGGAAGAGUCGCAAAGAAGGCGACGAGUUGAAGAGGAGAGAACAGGCAAGCAAUGGAAUCGUCUGUUCUUUACUCAAAUCCCCAAGGGCGACGAGACGCUUGAGUCGUUAGUGUCAAAGGUUCCUGAGAAAUUAAGCAUACUCGAUUUUACAAAGACGGGGGGCGCUUGGAGAUUUAUUGGGGCUGAUAGAGCGGAGGAGGUGAAACGGCAUUUGAGUCGCGACAGUUUACCAUAG